CUAUGUCUUAGUUUCUCAUUUAGUCCAUAAUUAUGUGUAAAGGUGAACUUAAUGUGACAGGAGGAAUACCUAUCUCCGCUAAGACUGUCGGUACAUUUUAUAUACUUUGACAUCAUUCUCAAGGAUCAUAUUACAAGCCUAGACUCUAAUUAGAGACAGUAGGACAAUGCUGGUAUAUUUCAGGUUGUGACCAAUGAAGAGUGGCCCAGGGCUUGACCAGAACUUGUCAUUCACUAAAGGGGAUAAGGAGGUUAUGUUCCAGAAGAGCAGUUUGAUUAACAGCCUGAUUCCUCUUCUCCUGCACUUCACCAUAAACUAUUCAAGUUCACUCCCCACAACUCUAAACAUCUCAAUGCAAUCUGUAAACAUGAAGCACAUCCUGAUAUGGAGCCCUUUGCAGGCACACUGUUUCACUGUCAACUAUUCUGUGCAGUUUCAGGGGGAGUAUGAGUUACACAAACUGAACGGAACAUGGGUGGAUGCAUAUGACUGCCAAGAGAUUAGUGAAAGCAAGUGUGACCUGACCUCUGACCUGGCCUUCAACUCUGACUACAGCAUACGCAUAAAGACAAUAUGUGACGGCCAGGAAUCAUGGGCAGAACUACCAGCAACCUUCAACAGGAGAAAUACUGUGCUACUGGCUCCCAAAAUGAUGGUAGCUGUGGAGGGAGACCUUAUUCAAGUGGACUUCAGUACAACCCUUCCUGAUAUGAUCAUAAUCCUACGAGUCUGGAAGGAGGGGGAUGAACAGAAUGCUUUACUUCAUGUGAUCAGAGUUUAUCCUUAUCAUUUUUCCAUCGCUGCUCAUCGAGGGGAAAAGAGGAUGUGCUUCAAGGCAAAAGCACUCGUAGAGGCCAUUAACAAGAGCUGCAGCACUGACAAGCAGUGUGUCUUCAUCCCUAAACCGACAUCUGACUUUGUAAAGCCUGUGAUGGUGAGCAUAGCUGUGGUGGUAGCAGUUGCCAUGGCCAGUAUUCUGGGUUGGUUGGCAACACGUUUUGGUCCACAGAUUAAACAAACCAUUUGCCACAGUGAGCCCCUUCCAAAUGUACUACUUUAUGACUCGCCCACCAGCACACCCAUUCUCUGUACAGAUGUUUCACUGGAGCCCACAGACCCACUUUUGCUGCUCCCCUCUGUAGAGGGUCAGUGCAGUGAUGGGGAGGCAGAGUGCAGAACAUGAGGCUGAAAGUCAAACUCAAGUACAGAGUUACUGGAGCCGUUGUGUCUAAGAAAUGAACAGCUGUUACUUUACAACUUCUUUACGACCCAAAACGUGACAUUCUUUGGUAUUUUGACUGAAUAAAUGGCUAUUGUGAAUAGAAGUUUUGGGACAGGCGUUAAGAUUUAGACCAGCUCUUGGUGUUAAAAGGGACAGUUGAAAGAUCAACCUCUUUCAGCAGAACUCAGAAAAAGCAGUGCUGGUCCAACAAAUUCUGAUGUUCAGC